GAAGCUAACAAAUAUAUGUCAAAUCUUAUUCAAAAAAAAUGUUGGCCGUAAUAAUUUUCACGUUUAGAAUUCAUACAUGAACUAUUAUAACACAUUUAUAUGUGGAGAUAAGAUCAAUUACGAGAUAUAAUUAUAGCACCAAUGGAAAGACUAACUACUAGAUCAGCGAUAAAAUCGGGCGUUCUCACGGGCUCCAAAUUUUUUGGCAAUUGCAAUGAGCUUGGCAUGCAGAACUACGGAAUUUACAUCUAUCCAGAUGGCACCAAGUAUUUGGGACAGUUCCACAACAAUCGGUUUCAUGGCAAUGGAACUAUCCAGCUACCGCAGCCAUAUUCUGUGUACUUCUCUGUGCUGCAUCAACAUGGAAAGUUGUUGCACAUUUAUAGGAUAAGCUUCAGCGAUAUGCUCCAAGUGCAGUUCAAAAUAACAAAUCAGGGACUUAGCUUUGAGGACUGGAACUACUGCACUGCGCAAGAUCGUCGCUUCAAUUCGGAGUGUUUGUUGAAAACUAAUGCGAAAGAAUCGGUGGGAUCGGCAGGCUCGAUAGUCUUGGAAUCAAUGGAAUCUGCGGAGGGCCAAGCCGAGCUGAAUCCGAUGCAUCGCAACAUUUUCGAUCUAGGCUUUGGCAAACUGAAUGAUAUAAACAUGCUGAUAGAUAUACCGACGCAUAUAUCCGCUUCGCCACAGAUCUAUGUGGGCUGUCGCAAGGUGCGCCGCUGGAUACGAGAAAAUUGUCGCCAUGGACCACUCCAGGGCAAGCACCUUAAGCAAGAAGUGCUAGCCAAGUUUGCACGCCAAAUCAUACGCAAUAAUUUAGAGAGUGCCGAGGAGAUAGAUUCGCAUCCAAUCCGACAGCAUGCUAAGAAGUUAGUGCGCAACAGCAAAGUGUGCCGGCGCUCCAAAAGUGAGGAUAGCUCUUGCUCGGCCAAAGAGAUGCGCUUGCAUUUGGCUAGCACCAGCAGGAGCUGGAGUUCCCUUAUGGAUCAUACAUGGACAGUGACGCAUGAUCCGCCAUACCAGAGGAUUUCCACGAGAAACUAUCCCAUACGACGUUCAAAAACUGAGGAAAAUGUUUGCCGCUUAAACUAGUCAUAGUUUAAAAUUGUAUAUUGACGUUUAUUCAUAUUUUUUUAUACGGCUACCCCAAAUUCCAUAGUAACCAUGCUCAACAUCUUUUGAGGUUAAA